GACCAACUUGAGGUGAAAGUUCACAAUUAUGGCGGCACGUAUGUAGCAAACAGUUAUUAGAAGAGGCUUUGAACAUCGCUGUCAUUGACAGUAAUGUCAGAAUGAAGUGGAGAGGUUAUAAAAAUAUCUAUAAGUAACAGCUGGAUAAUAGACACAAAACAGAGGCUGUCUUGGAUGUGUGCACUUGUGGAGUUAACAAACGUGUAACUGUAAAGAGGGAGCGGUUCUGCACCUUGGUGUUAUGUUUGAUCAGUGUUUGGUAACGUGCCUUAAAACACGAUGACGUGGUUUCUUAGACUGGGAAAACGGAUGCGAAAAAAGUGCCCACAAUCUUUGUCAAGCCUUAAUUCCAGCACUUAGCUGUUCAUUGUAAAUAGUGAGCCGAGGCGAAGGGGAUUGCGCAUGCGUGUUGCCUGCGACGAUGUCAAGAUACUUGUUUUGUAUUAGAGGCAAAUAAGCUAAUAAACGAAGAUGCCACGUCUGGAAGAAAUUGCAAACGUAGCUUUGCGUAUUCCAAGUCUUUUUAUACUGGACUUACUGUACAAGUGUGAUAUUGACAGCUUCACGGAGCAAUUACGUGCCAAAAAUGAAGACAUGCUAUUUAAGUACAAGUACGUUAUCUGGAACCUGUAUUAUAUUGGUCAUCUCUUCAGUGUUGUAGUUCUGUUCCUUCCCUUGAGGCACAUUGUAAAGUUAUACCUGUAUGUUCUAACUGCCCUUUUACUUUAUGUGGGACAUCAGAUCUCGAGGGAUUAUAUACAAGAGGAAAUACAUGCAAGAUAUGAAGGAGCAGUGUAUCUGGAUUCAGUGGCUUUUCAUCGGUUUGUUACUACACUUACAAGUCAGAUUAUUCUGAGCACAUUGUGUGCAUUUCUCAUGAAGACCAAGCAUGUGUGGUUGUUUUCAACUCAUCUGCUUCCUUUAUUGGCUCGCCUUUGUGCAGUACCUCCCGGCACUCUAAUUCUAGUAAACAACUUUGCAAUGGGCCUGGUUGGCAUUGAGAUGCUGGUAUUCCUGCUUUCCAAUAUGUUUGUGCCCUACAGGCUUGCAAGGACGGCAUACAGAGAGCUGCUUCUGGUUGAGGUGAUUGAACUAUCUAGGCUACUAGCGCUUGGUGUCUCCCUUUGGAACCAGUUUGCAGUUCCUGCACUCUUCAGCGUGUUCUGGCUGAUACUCUUCGUUGUUCAGAUCUACACUUAUAUUUCAUCCAGCAACAACUUAAUUAUCCAUCAGGGAAUAGUAUUUGUUUUUCUUACCAGUAUAUCAGAGUGUUGCAGUACCCCAUACUCAUUGCUUGGCUUAACUUUUGUUAUUUCCUACCUGGCACUUGGUCUUUUAAAUCUCUGUAAAUUCUACCUUGGUGGUUUUGCAGCAAUUCAGAAUGAAAAUGUCAUGCACAGGGGUGUAACUGAAGGGGUUACUCUUCUUCUGCUGGCUGUCCAGACAGGACUGUUAGACAUGCAGGUCCUGCAGCGCACCUUCCUCCUUAGUAUAAUCCUUUUUAUUGUGGUAACAUCAACACUUCAGUCUAUGAUAGAAAUCACAGACCCUAUUAUAUUGGCACUUGGGGCCUCUCGUAACAGAAGUCCAUGGAAACAUUUUCGAGGGGUCAGUAUGUGCUUCUUUUUGUUGAUAUUUCCAGGAUUCAUGGCCUAUAAAAUUUCCCAGUUUUUUCAUAUGGAUUUUUGGCUUCUUAUUCUUGUCUCUAGCUGUAUGCUAACAUCAUUGCAGGUCGUAGGCACACUUUUUAUCUACUGUCUGUUCAUGAUUGAAUUGGUGCGCAAUAAACCUAUUGAGAUGCUAGAUGAAAUUAUCUACUAUGUCAAUGCAGUGAGCCGGGUGCUGGAGUUCCUCGUGGCUGUGUGUGUGGUAGCCUAUGGUGCCUGGGAAUCUCUCUUUGGGGAAUGGAGCUGGAUGGGUGCCUCUGUCAUUAUCAUUCACUCCUACUUCAACGUAUGGCUGCGAGCUCAGUCUGGGUGGAAGAGCUUUCUAUUGCGUCAAGAGGCAGCCAAAAAAAUUAAUUCUCUACCACGAGCAACAAUACACCAAAUUAGUCAACAUAAUGAUGUAUGUGCCAUCUGCUUCCAGGAGAUGAAUUCAGCAGUCAUCACUUAUUGUGGACAUUUCUUCCAUGCUAAUUGUCUGAAGAAGUGGCUAUAUAUACAAGAAACAUGCCCAAUGUGCCAUCAGCAAGUAAAGCCUACAGUCUCUUCACAUGUUGAAAGUGCUGCUGAUGAGACGGAGAGCCAAAGAGAAGAGGAUCAGGAAAGAACAUUUAGUACUGAAGUAACAGACAUUGGUCUUUCUUCUGAGCUUAGCGAUGAAAUCGGUACAGAAGAUUCAGGAUCUACACCUGAAGUACUUGGAGAAGGAGAAAGAAAAUUGAAAAAUGCCUUUGAAGAUGAGGCAUUAGAUGGAAUUAUUUAUACUGCUGCUGCUGAAGAUUUCAUUAGCUACAGCAAACCAUUAAUUCAGCAAGUGCCACUUCAGUCUGCUUCUUCCAAGAUACUGGAACUUAAAGUAAAUGAUGCAGAAGGAGAACUAAAUGGGAAUAAUGUUGAUAUCCAUGAAUGUCUAAGUGAUGAGGCCACAAACACUUGUGUUUCAUUUUCUUUCGUUGCACAUGGUGAAAAUGAGACUGAGAGACAGCCUAUUAGACAUAUUGAAGGAUCAAGAGAUUGUUUGCACAAUCGGAUGGAUAUAAACAAAACAGACUUAAAAAUAAAAACUGUCAUUGAGACAGUAGAACCAAAGGCAGAGUCAGACAUACAGAAUCUGACACACAGUGGGUAUCCCCUGGAUGCUGAUUGUAUUCUCGAUGGAAAAGGUGCUGAGCAUGACAGUGAGAAAGCUGAAGGCAAUAAUGCAAUGCUAGUUCCUGCUUCAAACCCACUCUUGUCUGUUGAAGAAAGGCUUUCUCAAACCAAUACAAAUGUGCCAAUGCCUAACCCUUCAUAUUUCAAAUAGCUCAGGGAUAUCACUUAAUUUUGCAUCUGUUGGAAAUGGCUCACUUCGUAAGGAUGAAUCCAGAAGAGACCAUUAUCAUCCUGUGUCACCACAUAGAUGCAAUUAAUCUAGAAGUUUACCUACUCCCCCACCCCAACCCCCAUGAUCCAUAUCAGAAAUAGUUUUAUCUCUGUUUUGAAGUAGUUCUUAGUAACUCUGAUGGGGCAUCAGUGGAGCAUUCAAAAUGAUUUAAACAGCUAUGUGUUCACCUUUUACUCUUAAGCCAAAUUAACAUGUUUAAAACUUCAUUGAAUACCCGGUUACAGUCUUGUAUGAUAGGAGGUGAUUAAAGCAAUGUUCUGUCAUUGAUACUUAGUUUUUGAAUUAAUCCAGAAAUAUAGGGUGAGUGAUUACUGUUCUUUUGCCUCUGUUAUUGUAUGUUGCCAGUAUUUAGAAAAGUUUUUAAGAAAAGAAAUAAUCUUGCAUAAGAACCUGUCAAAAGCUAUAACGCAGAUUGACAGCGGCAAUUUUAAUUUGGUUUCCACUGUGCUCAAGGGUGAUGAUAGGAAUGAAAAUUAUAAUUAAGGGAAAAAAAGUCAGAUAUUUUGGAAAGUGCAAAUAACUUUCACAACAAUAAUGCCUUAUGUGAAAAUUAUUUUAAUCAGUUUUUUGGGAUGUAAACAAAAGUGUUGCAUUCCAGAAAAGAAUGUUUAUCAUUAGACAGCGGUUUUGGUUAAUCAGCUUUCUUCAUUUGAAUUUGUAGAUCAUCUGUUUUCAAUUGUUGAUGUUUAUAUUUAAAAAUAAAAUAUUUCAAAGAUGUA